CAAAAGAGCUUUCGCACGUUUAACUGGUUUAGAGCAGCUUUAAUAAUCUGCAGCGCAGAAGAUCUUCCCUCCUAGCCACACUAGACAGGUCAUCGCGCACAAUGUUUGGGAGCGAAGUUAUUCAAGCAAUAAAUCCUGCGAAUUUAGCUAGCACUGAAAAAAAUACAGAAGAAUAUAUAUUUGCGGUUGGUACUUACAAACUUCUUGCUUUUGCCAUCGGAACAAUCGGAGUCUUCGGAUUUUGCAUUAAUAUGAUUGUCAUCGUGCUGUACUACAGAUUCAAGAUACUCCGGACGCCCACAAAUUUGUUAAUAGUAACCAUUAGUAUAAGUGACGUGUUGGUGUCUGUCAUUGGAAUCAACUUUACGUUUGUUUCGUGCAUCAAAGGCGGAUGGGUCUGGAACUCGGCAACAUGCAUCUGGGACGGAUUCAGCAACAGUUUAUUUGGCAUCGUGUCCAUCAUGAGUCUCUCUGCCCUGGCCUAUGAGCGCUACAUCCGGGUGGUCCAUGCUAAGGUGGUGGACUUCCCCUGGGCCUGGAGGUGCAUCACUUACAUCUGGCUCUACUCCCUGGUCUGGACAGGGGCUCCUCUCCUGGGGUGGAACCGCUACACUCUGGAGAUCCACCAGUUAGGCUGCUCUCUGGACUGGACUUCCAAGGACCCUAACGAUUGCUCCUUCGUCCUCUUCUUUCUCCUGGCCUGCUUCUUCGUACCAGUGGGCAUUAUGAUCUACUGCUACGGGAACAUUCUUUACACAGUGCAAAUGCUCCGCUCCAUCCAGGACCUUCAGACAGUGCAGAUUAUUAAGAUCCUGCGCUACGAGAAAAAAGUGGCCGUCAUGUUCCUCUUGAUGAUCUCCUGUUUCCUGGUGUGCUGGACGCCCUACGCCGUGGUGUCCAUGAUGGAAGCCUUUGGCAGGAAGAGCAUGGUCACCCCUGCUGUCGCCAUCAUCCCCUCCUUCUUCGCCAAGUCCAGCACGGCCUAUAACCCUCUCAUCUACAUCUCCAUGAGCAGAAAGUUCCGGCGCUGCUUGCUGCAGCUGUUGUGCUCCCGGCUCUCGUGGAUUCAGCACAGCGUCAAGAACCGCCCCCUGGCCCGGAGCAUCGAGCGGCCCAUCCGCCCAAUCUUCAUGUCCCACAGAGGAGAUGGGGAACGACCAAAGAAGAGGGUGACCUUCAGCUCCUCCUCCAUCAUCUUCAUCAUCGCCAACAACGACAUUCACCACCUGGACACCACCUCCAAGAGCGGCCGUAUGUUGUCAGAGGUCAUCCAGGUGCGGCCGCUGUGACAGAGCAUUAUCGGUAUUGCAGUACGUCAUGCUACACCCAGGCCACCAUGGGGACUAAUCACCUCCAUCUAACACCUGUUCCUCUGUAUACCUCAGGACUUCCUCUCAUGAUGCAGUAAACCCGGAGGUGUUUCCUCUCAAAAGCCAAAACACCUUUUUGACCCAAGACUACUGGAAGUGUUUAAUGUCCUGUUCUCAGACUGUCUCGCCAGGAAACACUUUUUCUACCAACAGUUGUGGUAAACAAAUGAUGUAGCUGUGAAUUUGUGACGUAUCUCUCUUAACUUGUACCCUGUUAUUUUCAACAGCGCCUAUGUAAUCGUGUCAGCCAGCCUUCGACAUAGUCUCAUCCUGAGUUUAGUGUUUUUGAACAGGACCUCCUGUGCGAUGCCGGAGGCUAGCAGUGUUAAUGGAUCACUGAUUGGCUGAGGAAGUGAUGUUGAUAAUUAUUAUUUCCCUGGUUGGCAGCAGUGCAGUGCAGUGCAGCAGUGCUGAAUGACUGAUGGGAAAAGCCUUACAAUAUUGCAGCAGCACAUUCUGCACAAUACUCUCUCUGCCUUUAUUGUAUCUGGAUGUGAGAAAGAAAUCAUAUUUUAAGAAAGCCACAAAUGAGAUGUAUUUAAAAAAAAAAAUCUUCCUAAUUUAAUUGUCACCAUACUCGCUAGCGUGAUAAGUGCAAUCACUGUGAAAUUACAUUUCGUGGAAUUAUUUAUGUCGAAUAAUAUGAAUGUAACUAAAGAGGGAGGAGAUUGUGGUCAAGAUCAGACUGGUUCCACAGGCAGCAGUGAUAAGAAACUCCAGCGGCUCCAGGUUGCAGACAGAGAUCCCUUCAUAAGCCUCCCGAGUCGUCCCUUAUGAGUAGAGUUGAUGAGGAGAUGAUCUUAUUCAGCUCUAUAUAGGCACCAUGUCAUCAUAUAUGUACAUCUGUGGUGACCUGAGACUGUCGUAAGAGCAAGCCAUUCAUAAGCCUAGCUAGUAGCUACCACUUUGAGCUUGACAUUUACAGUAGAAUUAUAGGCCUGGUUUAUCCCACAGAAAACAUUUUUUCAUAAAAAUGUGUGCGCCUUAGAUGUUUGUCCUUUUUCACUCAAAACAUGUUAUGCUGUGUGAAGGACUCCAUGAUUAAGAAGUGAGCAAGUGUGAAAGAGCUCAAAUUCAUUAAUUCAUCAAACAGGUUUUGCAAGCCAUAACUCCGCCACAAGCAACUGCAAAUUCAUUAAUUCAAUAACACUCACAUCAAGGCAAAUUGUAUU